CCCGCAUUAAUAACACUUGAGCCAAGAUGGCGGCCGAGGGCGAGUACGAGUCGAUCUUGUGCGUUAAACCCGAUGUCAACGUUUACCGGAUUCCCCCGCGAGCUUCGAACCGCGCAUACAGGGCGGCCGACUGGAAACUGGACACUCCAGACUGGUCCGGUCGAAUGAGGAUCACAGCGAAGGGCAACGUGGCUUUCAUCAAACUGGAGGACAAAGUUUCAGGUGAGCUGUUCGCUCAGGCACCAGUGAAGGAAUAUCCCGGCAUCGCUGUGGAGACGGUCAGCGACUCCAGCCGAUACUUUGUCCUGCGGAUACAGGACGACAGCGGUCGCAGCGCUUUCAUCGGGGUCGGCUUCGUGGACCGAGGGGACGCUUUCGACUUUAACGUGUCUCUGCAGGACCAUUUCAAAUGGGUGAAACAGGAGAUUGAGAUCAAUAAAAGUAGCCAGCUUGGACACUCAGGACCAAAACUGGACCUGGGCUUUAAAGAGGGACAAACCAUCACACUCAACAUAGGGCAAGGUAAAAAGAAGGAUAAACCCCGCCCACAAAGCGCAGGAGGGUUUGGACUCCUCCCACCACCACCUGGAGGCAAGAUAGCCCCUCCUCCUUCAUCAAGCUCAUCCAAUCACAACAUAGUGCCGCAGACUACAGCAACAGGCUGUCUGUUAGAGCUGGACACCAGUAACUCCAACACUGUGGUUCAGUCCAAACCCACUUCAGACCUGUGGGGAGACUUCUCUGCUCCUGCCACCUCGGCUCCUCCUCCUUCAUCUCAACCACAGAACACGACCAACUGGAUCCAGUUCUGAGUCGCCAGCGUUUCCAUGGUUACGCAAUUUUUUUAUUCUUUAAUCUUGCCUGCAUCAGUGUUCGCUACUUCCUGUUCAUCACGUUCACGCCCCCGAUCCCGAAAAAAAAAUCUGAAUCACAUGAUCACAUGAUAUCGUCAUCUCACAGUUUCCUGACAGAAGUGACAUCACCGGUCACAUGACUAAGGGCUACUGUUUAUGUGAGAGUUUGUGCCGGUGUCUCCGCACCACUAGAUGGCUCUCUGAGCAACUCUAAUCUCGAGGGCUUUUCUUAUUUGUAUCGCCCUCUGCAGGCUGACUGGAGAACUACACCUCCAGAAGUUGUAAGAGUAAAGUGAAUAUUAAAGGACUUUUGUUUACAUUUUAUACUUAAUUAAAGACGUAGAGUAGUCACGUCUUCACCCUGGAGAAAAUUUAAAUAUCCUCCAAAUUUCUGCACUUAUCACCUCUAAUCCUCAUUUAUCACCACAGUAAUCAGGAUUAAUCAGAUUAUAUAUCAGCUGUGAGGUGUUUUAAUCCCUGUUUUUGCUUAAGCGUGUCAAUAUAAUGUUAUUUUACUCAUAGAAAUGAACACAAACGAUGUUCAUUUCCGAGAAAUAAUCUGAAAUUGAGAUUCAAACGCCUCAGAACUGAAGGCAGAAAAACUAGCUACCAGGAUUGUUACUUUAUCGGACGGAUGUCUCCAUGGCAGCAAAUGAUAUGUGAUCGUAAAAGUACGUUCACAUUCCAAGUUGUCGACUGACAUUCUCGAACUUUUUUAUACCAGGUGCCACCAGAGGGAAACGCAUGCACCACUGGUGGUCCACGUACCACAGUUUGAAUAUUUGAAUUUAAGUGACUCAAUGAUGGUAAGACUUUGCGAUGCCUGGCAAAGAGUGACGCAAAAUUCAUGAAUGCUCGCGUCUUUGCUUCGACUCGGUGAGAUAACGUUGUACAGUAAUAUCACUGCGCCGGAUUACAUCAUACAGUAUGCUCACUGUAUGGGAUUACUUUGUACAGUAAUCUCACUGUGGGAUUACUAUGUACAGUAUGCUCAGUGUGGCAUUAUAUUGUACAGUAAUCUCAACGUGUGGGAUUACCUCAUACAGUAAUCUCACGGGUGGUAUUACGUCGUACAGUAUUUGAUAUAUUAUAUUGAAUUAUAUGUUGUAUAUUGUACAGUAAUCUCACCCUGCAGGAUUACUUCGUAUGGUUAUUUUACUGUGUGGGAUUACGUUGUACAGCACUGUAAUCUCAGCAUGUGGGAUUAUGACAUACAGUAAUCUCAUUGGGUGUGAACGCUCCACGAGGCUUUGUGUGUUUGUGUUUCCACGACUGUGAAAUCUAUAUUAAUGUAUGUGUACGCGUUUACAUUUGUUUCUGUUGCUGCUAAAAUGUAAAUAAACAAGCGUCUCUUCAUUUCUCGCUCGGGAUUAAUCACGGUAUUAACACGUUCGAUUUACGACCAAUUUAGCGAGAAAGAGGCAAUAAAUCCCUUUUUAAAAGGA